UGCCUGAUCACCGGUGGAGAAGUUCAUGCGUGGGCGAGGGGGAAUUCACGUCGCACACGCUCGGGAGUAAAAGGGCAAAAUGCGACGCACGCGCGCCGUUCCGGCGUUUUCGCGCGAGCGCCGGCCGCCUGCAUGCAUCGUUCAUGAAGACUCGUGAAAGCACGCGGGGGAGAACACGCGGAGAUCGUCGCGCCGCCGGGACGCGUCCCCUCUGUCUGCUGUUUGGUCUCUCCCGGACCGGCUCCCCAUCGCUCUCCUUCCAUCCAUCGCAUCGCCGCUGCGCUCCUCUGGUCCUCUGAGCUGGACUCUUGUCCUCUGUGGUGGACGGUGCUCUUCUCUCUUCUGUGUGGCGCUCGCUGCUCCUCUGCGGCGAUCUCCGGCGCUCCGCGGAGGUCUCUCGUGGUCCGUGGAGCUCUGGUGGUCUCAGAGGUUCUGCUUCUCAAUGGCUUUCCCCACCUGCUUCUUCUUGUGAACUCCUGCAUGACUCCACCAGAAAGAGGGAAGAUGUGCGCAGUGAUGGAUAUCUGCUGGUUUCUCUGGAUGCUACCUGCUGCGGUUCGCGCUGUGGAAGAAAUGUUAAUGGAUUCCACGACAGCCACGGCGGAGCUCGGGUGGACCGUGUAUCCCACAUCUGGGUGGGAAGAGGUGAGCGGUUACGAUGAGCACAUGAACACCAUCCGCACCUACCAGGUGUGCAACGUAUUCGAAGGCAGCCAGAACAACUGGGUGCGCUCCAAGUUCAUCCGUCGGCGCGGCGCCCAGCGCAUCCACGUGGAAAUGAAGUUCUCCGUUCGCGACUGCAGCAGCAUCCCCAACGUACCGGGCUCCUGCAAGGAGACCUUCAACCUCUACUACUAUGAAUCUGACUCGGACGUGGCCACCAAGACCUUCCCGGCCUGGAUGGACAACCCGUGGAUCAAGGUGGACACCAUCGCAGCCGACGAGAGCUUCUCCCAGGUGGACCUGGGUGGCCGUGUGAUGAAGAUCAACACGGAGGUGCGCAGCUUCGGACCUGUCUCUCGCCAGGGCUUCUACCUAGCUUUCCAGGACUAUGGCGGCUGCAUGUCGCUCAUCGCCGUGCGCGUCUUCUACCGCAAGUGUCCGCGCGUCAUCCAGAACGGUGCCAUAUUCCAGGAGACCCUGUCAGGGGCCGAAAGCACCUCGCUGGUGACGGCCUGGGGAAUGUGUAUUCCCAACAGCGAGGAGGUGGAUGUGCCCAUCAAGCUGUACUGCAACGGCAACGGAGAGUGGAUGGUGCCCAUCGGCCGGUGCGUGUGCAAGGCGGGCUACGAGGCCGUGGAGAACGGCACCGUCUGCAGAGCUUGCCCCUCGGGCUUCUUCAAACCUGCCCAGGGGGGCGACUCGUGUCGGCCCUGCCCCAUCAACAGCCGCACCACCAGCGAGGGUGCCUCCAACUGCAUGUGUCGCAGCGGCUACUACCGCACCGACUCGGACCCGUUACAGAUGCCCUGCACCACUAUCCCCUCUGCCCCACGCAACGUCAUCUCCAGCGUGAACGAGACCUCCCUGACCUUGGAGUGGAACCCGCCGAAGGAGUCGGGCGGCCGUGACGACGUCGUCUACAAUGUCAUCUGCAAGAGCUGCGGGGCAGGACGUGGCGGCUGCACGCGCUGCGGCGACAACGUGCAGUUCACGCCCCGCCAGCUGGGCCUCAGGGAACCACGUGUGCACGUCAGCGACCUGCUCGCGCACACACGCUACACCUUUGAGGUCCAGGCCGUCAACGGCGUGUCUGACCAGAGCCCCUACUCGCCGCAGUUUGCCUCUGUGAACAUCACCACCAACCAGGCCGUGCCAUCGGCAGUCUCCAUCAUGCACCAGGUCAGCCAGACUGUGGACAGCAUCACUCUGUCCUGGUCCCAACCAUCCCAGCCCAAUGGGGUUAUCCUGGACUACGAGCUCCAGUACUAUGAGAAGGACCAGAGCGAGUACAACUCAUCCACAGUGAAGAGUCAGACUACCACGGCAGUUGUCCGCGGGCUCAAGCCUGGAACCAUCUACGUCUUUCAAGUUCGAGCCAGAACCGUGGCUGGGUUUGGGCGCUACAGCGGCAAGAUGUACUUCCGCACCAUGACGGAAGCGGAGUACCAGACCAGCCUGCAGGAGAAGCUGCCCCUCAUUAUCGGCUCUGCAGCCACUGGGCUCGUCUUCCUUAUCGCCAUUGUAGUCAUCAUCAUCGUCUGCAGUCGGAGGCGGGGAUCCGAUAGGACUGAGUCCGAGUACACUGACAAACUGCAGCACUACACCAGCGGCCACAUGUCUCCAGGGAUGAAAAUCUAUAUUGAUCCAUUUACAUAUGAAGAUCCCAAUGAGGCUGUGCGAGUGUUCGCCAAGGAAAUCGACAUCUCCUGUGUGAAGAUCGAGCAGGUCAUUGGAGCCGGAGAGUUUGGAGAGGUGUGCAGCGGGAACCUGAAACUGCCUGGGAAGCGAGAGAUGGUUGUGGCCAUCAAGACACUGAAGGCGGGCUACACGGAGAAGCAAAGGCGGGACUUCCUGAGUGAGGCCAGCAUCAUGGGCCAGUUCGACCACCCCAAUGUCAUCCGCUUGGAAGGUGUAGUCACCAAGAGCACCCCCGUCAUGAUCAUCACCGAAUUCAUGGAGAAUGGCUCAUUGGACUCCUUUCUUAGGCAAAAUGACGGGCAAUUCACGGUGAUCCAGCUGGUGGGGAUGCUGCGUGGCAUCGCCGCCGGCAUGAAGUACCUUUCCGACAUGAACUACGUGCACCGCGACCUGGCUGCCCGCAACAUCCUGGUCAACAGCAACCUGGUGUGCAAGGUGUCCGACUUUGGGCUGUCCCGCUUCCUGGAAGAUGACACAUCAGACCCUACCUACACCAGCGCACUGGGAGGUAAGAUUCCCAUCCGCUGGACUGCUCCCGAGGCUAUCCAGUACAGGAAGUUCACCUCAUCGAGCGAUGUGUGGAGUUACGGCAUCGUCAUGUGGGAGAUCAUGUCCUAUGGAGAGCGGCCAUACUGGGACAUGUCCAAUCAGGAUGUGAUCAAUGCCAUUGAGCAGGACUACCGGCUGCCCACCCCGAUGGACUGCCCAGUUGCGCUGCACCAGCUCAUGCUGGACUGCUGGCAGAAGGAACGUGGUGACCGCCCCAAGUUCAGCCAGAUUGUCAACACCUUGGACAAGAUGAUCCGCAACCCCAACAGCCUGAAGGCUACGACUCCGCUGUCAUCUGGUGCCCACCUGCCCCUGCUGGACCGCAGUGUGCCCGACUUCUCCAGCUUCAGCACAGUGGACGAGUGGCUUGAGGCCAUCAAGAUGGGCCAAUACAAGGAGAACUUUGCCAACUCUGAGUUCAACAGUUUUGAAUCGGUUUCCCAAAUGACUAUGGAUGACAUCCUCCAGGUGGGUGUGACACUCGCUGGCCACCAGAAGAAGAUCCUCAACAGCAUCCAGACCAUGCGAGCCCAGAUGAACCAGAUUCAGUCUGUAGAGGUGUGACCUGCUGGGAGGAAAGAGGGGCAGGCCGGAGGUGGGGGUGACCUCAGGCCCCCACACAAACUGUGUCCUCCGGAAGAUGACCUCCAGUCUCCCCUCACCUCCACUGCGAUGCCCAUCCUCCUGCUCCCCAGUCCAGGUGUGAGUCCUCAGCAACCCACACAGGUCUGCACUGAUCAGCACAGAUCAACAAAAAUCAGCAGGGCAGAAGGUGCUGGAUGAGCUUCUAGAAUCUUCCGCAAUCAAGUGUUUUUUUUUUUUUCCUUUUUUCAUUUCUUUGCUUGCUUCAUUUUAUUU